GUGUCGCGCGCGGGCCGGCGCUCGACCCCUCCCCCCAGGCUCGGCCGCCCCCUCCCCCCGCUCCGCCCGCUCAGAGCAUGAUGGCGGCAUCUGAGGUAGCUGGCAUGGUGGCCACUGCUCCCAAUCCUCCGGAAUCCUCUUCUAGUGUAUGUGCUUCCAAACCAGAUGAAGGUCUCCCAGAUGGUCUAAGCCCCAAAGACCCUGCACAGAAGCACAAGAACUCAUCUCUGUCGAGUGUAAGUAACCAAACGAUAACCAAGGAGAAUAACAGAAAUGCCCAUUUGGAACACCCAGAGCAGAAUCCUGGUUCAUCAGCAGGUGACACUUCAGCAGCGCACCGGGCGGUUUUAGGAGAAAACUUGAUAGCCACGGCCUUUUGUCUCUCUGGCGGUGGGUCUCAGUCUGAUUUGAAGGACGUGGCCAACACAGCAGGAGAGGAGGGGGACACAUGCCUCCAAGAGAGCCUCCACCCUGCCGCUCGGUCUCUUAAGGCAGGGGGCCACACAAAGCAGCUUGCCUCCGGGAAUUGUCCUGAAGAGAAGGCCCCUCAAGCCUCCACCCUAAAGGAAGGGAGCAGGGACACAGGCUUGGAUUUCCCACCUGUGGUGCCUCCAGCAAAUGGGGUUGAAGGAGUCAGAGUGGAUCAGGAUGAUGAUCAGGAUAGCUCUUCCCUGAAGCUUUCUCAGAACAUUGCCGUCCAGACUGACUUUAAGACGGCUGAUUCAGAAGUAAACACAGAUCAAGAUAUUGAGAAGAAUCUGGAUAAAAUGAUGACAGAGAGAACCCUGUUGAAGGAGCGUUACCAGGAGGUCCUGGACAAGCAGAGGCAAGUGGAGAAUCAGCUCCAAGUGCAGUUAAAGCAACUUCAGCAAAGGAGAGAAGAAGAAAUGAAGAAUCACCAGGAGAUAUUAAAGGCUAUCCAGGAUGUAACAAUAAAGCGAGAAGAAACGAAGAAGAAGAUAGAGAAAGAAAAGAAGGAGUUUUUGCAGAAGGAGCAGGAUCUGAAAGCUGAAAUUGAGAAGCUUUGUGAGAAGGGCAGAAGAGAAGUAUGGGAAAUGGAACUGGAUAGACUCAAGAAUCAGGAUGGUGAAAUAAAUCGGAACAUUUUGGAAGAGACAGAACGGGCCUGGAAGGCAGAGAUCUUAUCACUAGAGAGUCGGAAAGAAUUGCUGGUAUUGAAACUAGAAGAGGCAGAAAAAGAGGCAGAACUUCACCUUACUUACCUCAAGUCAACUCCUCCAACACUAGAGACAGUUCGUUCCAAACAGGAGUGGGAGACAAGGCUGAAUGGAGUUCGGAUAAUGAAAAAGAAUGUUCGGGACCAAUUUAAUAGUCAUAUUCAGCUAGUGAGGAAUGGAGCCAAGCUGAGCAGCCUUCCUCAGAUCCCUACUCCCACUUUGCCUCCACCCCCAUCAGAAACAGACUUCAUGCUUCAGGUGUUUCAGCCCAGUCCCUCUCUGGCUCCCCGGAUGCCCUUCUCCAUUGGGCAGGUCACAAUGCCCAUGGUUAUGCCCAGCGCAGAUCCCCGUUCCUUGUCUUUCCCAAUCCUAAACCCGGCCCUUUCCCAGCCCAACCAGCCUUCCCCACCCCUUCCUGGCUCCCAUGGGAGAAAUAGCCCUAGCUUGGGUUCCCUUGUCGGCCCCCAUGGUCCGCACAUGCCCCCUGCUGCCUCCAUCCCGCCUCCCCCAGGCUUGGGUGGUGUUAAGGCUUCUACUGAAACUCCCCGGCCCCAACCAGUAGACAAACUGGAGAAGAUUUUGGAGAAGCUGCUGACUCGGUUUCCGCAAUGCAAUAAGGCCCAGAUGACCAACAUUCUUCAGCAAAUCAAGACAGCCCGGACCACCAUGGCGGGUCUGACCAUGGAGGAGCUGAUCCAGCUGGUAGCUGCGCGGCUGGCAGAGCACGAGCGGGUGGCGGCAAGCACUCAGCCCCUUGGUCGGAUCCGGGCCCUGUUCCCUGCCCCACUGGCCCAAAUCAGUACCCCGAUGUUCUUGCCUUCUGCUCAAGUUUCAUAUCCUGGGAGGUCUUCACAUGCUCCGGCCACCUGUAAACUGUGUCUGAUGUGCCAGAAACUUGUCCAGCCCAGUGAGCUGCAUCCCAUGGCGUGUACCCACGUGCUGCACAAGGAGUGUAUCAAAUUCUGGGCCCAGACCAACACAAAUGACACUUGUCCCUUUUGUCCAACUCUUAAAUGACGGACCUGACUGGGGAGGAAGAAGAGGAGAAACUGAUGUGAACAGGAAGCACGGGUUCAAGAUUUCUAAAACUCUAUAUUUAUACAGUGACAUAUACUCAUGCCAUGUACAUUUUUAUUAUAUGGGUAAUGUGUGUAUAGAAGUCUGUAUUCAAAUGUUCGUAAAUGAAAGUAUGUAUAUUAUGCAGAAAUGGUCUGUCCCCCUCACCCUUGCAAUUCCUCUGGGGGAAGCAGAUUGUAGGUAAGAUGAUGUUUAAUUUGGCCUUGAAAUUAUAUUCCUGCCUAGCGCUGUUUUCAAAUACAAUAUAAAAACCCUCUAGGAAGCUGCUCUUGCUCUAAGGCCCCCCUGCUUUGAUUUGACUCAGCCUCUAGUCCAUUUUCUUAAGGCUCAUAUACGCAGAUUUGAACCCUGGUGCUCACCUGCUGUCCAGCCAGAUGCCUUGCUUACGGAAAGCCUCUGGAAGCCUCAGUGCUAUUCUAGCCCGUCUACUCCAAAGGAGAAAAGGAGACUGAUUGAGGAAAAAAUAUGUAACCCUGAUAGUUUGACUUUUCAUUGAACAUUUUACUGUGUUAACACUCAUUAUUUGUACAUAGACAUUAGGCUUACAGAAUUGUCUGUUUUACAUCAGCAAAAUUCACAGUCCAAGAAUAACAACAUAACCAGGUCCCAUUUCCCCCAUGCCUCCCACAAACUUCUGUCCACCCUACUUCCUGGAUAGUCAUCUCUUUAGAAACUAGCACAGCCCACAGGUCUUUCCUGGGCCAAGCCACCCCUUUCCACCACAGACUUGGCUUCUGUUCACGUUCUCUCAGACCAACUUGUGGAGUCCUCACCUCUUCCCCUUCACUUCUGGUCUCCUAGUCUGGCUAUCCCCCCUUCCUCUGAAGGUUAAGGCAGUUGGUUCACAACCAAGUUGUUUGGUGACCUUGGUGAGUUCCAGGCAGGCACUGGGGUGAGGAGAUGUCUGUGCAAAAUUACUUUCAGAAUGAUCUUGGGAUAUGGGUUUGAAUUUUUGAAGCAAGAAAGCUAUGGGGGACAUGCUUCCUUCCCUGGGAAAAAUGGAGACCAAAGUGAUAUGAAGAAGGGAGGUUAGAUUUCAAGUUUGUAAGUCAUUUGUUCUAUGGGUAGCUAUCUGGAACUAGGUCAUUUUCCCACCUCUGCUUAUUGAGCACUUCCAGUUUCUAGGUGUGUUUCUAUUAGAGUUUUGAAUCUUUUCUUAUCCUUUUAUCUUUACUCCCAAAGGAAAUGGCUUCAGCUCCCUUCUCUUUUGGAAUUAAACGAGUAAAAAUUAAGCAUUAAUUAAAAAAAAAUAGCCCCAGGGAAAGGAUAUGAUUAUAUUACCAGCAGCUGAAUUUUUCCCAUUCUGGGAGCUGGAAGUGCUUACUGGCAGUGGCAGUAAGGGUAGCAAAGACUUUUCCUUUCAGAGCCAAAUAGUUCACUCCUCUCUGUUUAUGUUAUUCUUCCUUGUCUUUCAUCCUUGCCUAUCAGCUCUUAAACAUACUGUUUUUCUUCUCUUGUCUUACUUGCCCAGGUUUAUUGACUGGCAUCAGUAUAAGGAGCUGAAUUUCCCGGGAUCUGCUUGGCAUCUUGUAGGGUGAUUGAAAUGGCCUGAGUACUCCCCACUGUAGAGGUCAGAUGACCCACUUUCUUUGGUUAAUGAAAUAUUAAUGUCUCCAGUUUGGUAGCCAUCAUGAACAGGGAAUGUGACAAAAUGGAAGACCAGUUCCUUUGUUCUUUUCAUUGGCAGGGCAGUGGGGGGAGGGUCCUUUUUUAUCUUGUAAUCUUAAGAUUUUAUCUCCCCUCAACUUUGCAGCAGCCUUUGGGCCACUUGCAGUAUUUAUCAGUAUACCAUGAAAAUGUAGAAAUUAGAAAUGGGUAUAAAGAAUAUUCUGUUUCUUUUCCAUAAAUCUUUGACACCAGAGGAAUGAAGAGAAAAAAGGAGGGGAUGGGGGGCUUACUUGCUUGCUGGUGGAAGCCCCUGGAAAGCCAGCUGCAGCAGCAUGACAGUGUGGUGGAGGGUGUGUGUGGGGCCCAGGCCUCAUCGCCACUCUUUUCUCUUUCUCGUUCAGGAUCAAUCCGAAAGCAACACCUAAGUUUUGGCCACCCUUGUUCUCCCUUUUCCCUCUGUCCGCUGGCCUGUACUGGUACAAGCCGUGCAGACCCAUGGGGAAGGCCCCUGAUGCAGUGAGUGGAGAUGGGACAGUCAUUUUUCUGGUGUAGAAUUUAAAAUAGAAAUAUAUAAUACAUAUUUUUACAAGCACGAAGCUGUUGUCAAGAUUUUUUUUUACACUUUAGAGUUGAUGGUUUCAGAGUAGAAAGGAAGAAACUGUGAAAAGAAAAAUAAGUACAAGUUUUCUCUUUUAAAGAAAAAAAUAGGACAAUGAGACUUACUAAUGAAGGGGUUGAGUUUUAUGCCCUGGAAAGAGCUGGACAAAAGCCAGUUUUCCCCAACAUGGGUCAAAAUUGUAAAGCAGAAUGUGGCAUUUUCAUUUCACGGUAGCAAUUCUGGAAGUUUAUUUACACAGUAAGUUCCAAGUUGGAAGUGGACAGUCUCCAGUCUUCCUGUCAGUCUCUGUGGUUAUGGGGUGUUCCCAGCCAGCCAGAGCAGCACCAAGCGCAGUGGGGAUGACGAGGACUCAGAAAAAACUGCAACUCAGUGUGCUUGCUUUAUUGGUUUAUGGCUUGUGGGCAGCUGGCUGAGGCCAGGAUCUCCGGAGGCCCUCCUUGUAUUUCCCUCUCGCUCAUCAGGUAAUUCUACACUCUGUGGGUCCCAUACCUGGAAGCAGUGUGUUGACCAGAUAGGAACAGGAUCCAGUGGAAUAGUGAGAAAAUUCAGCUCUUCCCACUAACACUGGUAUCAUAAUCGACUGGCUUAGAACUGACAGGGAGGAAAUGACCUUGGUCCCCACUAUCUAGCCCAAGAACCAGCCUGGGUACCCAAGUUCUGUUAGGAGCAGGGAAUAAAGAGGAGGAUGGGGCAGAAGAUGGCCUCCAUCCAGGGGCUCUUGUGGUGAUGGGCAUCAGGAAGCCGGGGGCUGUUACCCUUCUUCCACGCAGCCUCGACACUGAAGGUGAUGAUGCUGGAGCCAGAAAGCCCUGUGUUCCUGACACUCUCGGUAUAAUACCAGUGCCACUGUGGGAUGCCUUAGCCAAUAAAUGAGGGAGACCUCAGGGAGGGUGAGAAGGCAAUGAAACUGCUCUGUAUUAUGUCAAGAUGUUACUACUACUUACAGCUGAACAGAAAGAAAUCCAGGCAGGGGUAUAGGGCAUCCAUGCUAUACCUGUUAAAUGAAUCUUCAGGAUUCUGCUUUCAAGGAUUAUAUAGGAGAGGUCUCCUGUCUAUUUUUAGCACCUCAUCUGCAGGGCUUGGAAGGAAUGGGGUGGGAGAGGGGGCAAACAGGGUAGCCAGGAAGACAAAGUGCAGCCCUGUUAUAUUUGCUGUAUUCCGGCUGCUCUCCCAUUGGAGGACACCGAGGGUUUCUGGGGUUGGGGAUAUUUCAGUACUACCUAUCACAUGUAGAGUAGAUGGUUCAGGUAGGGACAAGGAAUUAAUAAGGUGGAAAUUCAUUUGUUAGAUGGAACCUUUUAGUGGGCACUUUUCCUUUAAGAGAGGUAAAAAGAGAAGCCCUUCUUCCCAUCGCACUUUCGGUCAGGCUGCAACCACUGAAAAGAAGACAUUGGGAGGCAACACCAUCUUAGAAGAUGGGAUUCUAUCUUGGAGAUGCCGUCUAAAACUGGGACUGGAGAGCAGUCGUGUUCGGACCUUGCC